GCCGGGACUGACCGCACACACCGACAUGGCUCAGGGCUGCGUGGAGCCCGUCUGGCGGGAGCUGGACGAGCCGGAGCUGGGCGGAGGCUGGGAACUCUUCCUGGACAUCGCUGGCAUUCACAUUCACCGCCUCUACCGCGAGGAAUCAUGCCUUUAUGAAUAUAAGAUCUGUGGAACCUUUUCAGAUUUUGGGCCAGAGUUGUUUGUGGAGGUGUACAUGGACCUGGAGUACAGGAAGCAAUGGGAUAAUUAUGUGAAAGAGCUGUACGAGCUGGAGCAUGAGGGGCAGAAACUGAUUUACUGGGAGGUGAAAUACCCAUUCCUCUUGUCCAACCGAGAUUAUGUGUAUGGGCGUGAGCGUCAGGAUUUAGAUAUCAAUGGACGAAAAAUUUGGGUGAUUAACUCAAAAUCAAAAUGUGCGCCGGGAUUACCAGCCAAGUCUGGUAUCAUCAGAGUAGAAGAUUAUCAUCAAACCGUGGUUCUAGAGAACGAUGGUAAACGAGGCACCAGAGUGUUUCUGCAUUACUUUGAUAAUCCCGGAGGAAUGAUCCCAACAUUCCUCAUUAACUGGGCAGCAAAGAGCGGUGUGCCUUCCUUUCUGAAAGACAUGCAGAAAGCUUGUGCGGGCUACCCUGAAUACUGCAAGAAAUCUGGAAAGAAGUCAGCGUUCUGCUGAUUGAUGAAGAAGUGGAGAAUUAUUGCCAUUACAUAACAUGCUCUGGCCUGCGUUGAACAUCACACCAGGCAGUCCCGUCAAUGAGUAGGUUAUUGAACGUUGCUCCAUACACUUUCCAAGGGAGAUUGGCUAGAGAUUCCACUCUGCUGUGCGGGCGGCAGGGAGGGAGGAACUGGCAUGAACCUUAGCUUUUACUUGGACUUGGUUUCUUUCCCUGGCAGUAGUGUGAAUCUUUCCCAUUGUCCCAAGUUGGGCUGUGCACUGUAGGCAGGCCUUGUGUGAAGUAAAUCCUUCCCUGGAUUUUCAGACUGUUCCCCUUUUCUUUCAGCAGUUGCCUUUCACCUCCCUCCACACUGUUUCACACAGGGUUGGGUUCUGCGCUUGGAACUCCAGUGGCUAUUCUGGUUGGACAACUUUCAACUGUUCUUGCCGGGGUGUGGGCUGGACAGAUGCAUC